CGGGACGGGGCCGGAGCGAGAGACGGAGCCGGCGUGAGAGACGGAGCCGGCGUGACGGGCGGCCCGCCGGGGCCCCUCAGGGAGGCGGGCGGGCGGGCGCCGCGCCGGCAGGUUUCCGCGGGCUCAGACAUUGGCGCACAGUUGAGACAAUGGAGUCCAUGCUGAAUAAAUUGAAGAGUACCGUUACAAAGGUAACGGCUGAUGUCACCAGCGCAGUCAUGGGAAAUCCUGUUACCAGGGAAUUUGAUGUUGGCCGACAUAUUGCCAGUGGUGGUAAUGGUCUUGCUUGGAAGAUAUUUAAUGGAACUAAAAAAUCAACAAAACAGGAAGUGGCUGUUUUUGUCUUUGAUAAGAAGCUAAUAGACAAAUAUCAAAAAUUUGAAAAGGAUCAGAUUAUUGAUUCUUUAAAACGAGGUGUUCAACAGCUGACCAGGCUUCGACACCCUCGACUACUUACUGUGCAACAUCCAUUGGAAGAAUCCAGGGAUUGCUUGGCAUUUUGUACAGAACCAGUCUGUGCAAGUUUAGCUAAUGUUCUUGGCAGCUGGGACAACCUACCUUCUCCUUUACCAUCUGACAUCAAAGAAUACAAACUUUACGAUGUGGAGACCAAAUAUGGUUUGCUUCAGGUUUCUGAAGGCUUGUCAUUUUUGCAUAGCAGUGUGAAAAUGGUCCAUGGAAAUAUUACUCCUGAAAAUAUAAUUUUAAAUAAGAGUGGAGCAUGGAAAAUUAUGGGGUUUGAUUUUUGUAUUCAGUCAACAAAUCCAUCUGAACAGGAGCCAAAGUUCCCGUGUAAGGAAUGGGAUCCAAACUUACCAUCCCUGUGUCUUCCAAAUCCUGAAUAUCUGGCACCAGAAUAUAUUCUCUCCGUGAGCUGUGAGACAGCCAGUGAUAUGUACUCUCUAGGUGCUGUUAUGUAUGCAGUGUUUAAUAAAGGGAAACCAAUUUUUGAGGUCAACAAGCAGGAUAUUUAUAAAAGCUUUAGUAGACAGCUGGAUCAGCUGAGCCGUUUAAGCUCCAGUACUCUUCAGAAUAUACCAGAGGAGGUGCGUGAACAUGUAAAGCUACUCUUAAAUGUAGCUCCAGCAGUCAGACCAGACGCAGAUCAAAUGACUAAGAUACCAUUCUUCGAUGAUGUAGGAGCAAUGACGCUUCAGUAUUUUGAUUCAUUAUUUCAAAGGGAUAACCUUCAGAAAUCACAGUUUUUUAAAGGCCUACCAAAGGUUCUGCCAAAACUACCUAAGCGUGUUAUAAUUCAGCGAAUUUUGCCUUGCUUGACUUCUGAAUUUGUGAAUCCGGAUAUGGUACCCUUUGUCUUGCCUAAUGUUCUCCUAAUUGCUGAGGAAUGCACCAAAGAAGAAUAUAUCAGGCUUAUUCUGCCUGAUCUUGGUCCUGUUUUUAAGCAGCAAGAACCAAUCCAGAUCUUGUUGAUCUUCCUGCAAAAAAUGGACUUGCUUCUAACCAAAACUCCACCAGAUGAAAUAAAGAACAGUGUUCUACCAAUGGUUUAUAGAGCCUUGGAAGCACCUUCAAUUCAGAUCCAGGAGCUUUGCCUAAAUAUAAUUCCUACGUUUGCCAAUUUGAUAGAUUACCCAUCAAUGAAAAAUUCAUUAAUUCCAAGAAUUAAAAAUGCAUGUUUGCAAACUUCCUCUCUUGCUGUCCGGGUAAACUCACUAGUGUGCUUAGGCAAGAUUUUGGAGUACUUGGAUAAAUGGUUUGUGCUUGAUGAUAUUUUGCCCUUCCUACAACAAAUUCCAUCCAAGGAACCUGCAGUGCUAAUGGGAAUUUUAGGUAUUUACAAAUGUACAUUUACUCAUAAGAAGCUGGGAAUUACCAAAGAACAGCUUGCAGGAAAAGUAUUGCCCCAUCUGAUUCCUCUUAGUAUUGAGAAUAAUCUUAAUCUCAAUCAGUUCAAUUCUUUUAUUUGUGUUAUAAAAGAUAUGCUUAAUAGAUUGGAGGCAGAACAUAAAACAAAACUGGAGCAACUUCAUGUCAUGCAAGAGCAACAGAAAUCUUUGGAUAUUGCUAACCAAAUGAGUGUGUCUGAAGAGGCAAGAUCUAGUAGUACAAGUAAUCAGAUUGACAAGGUGUUCAAUACUAGUGGAACUGACCUUCUAACUAGUGCAUCUGAUAGUAAAGAGAAUGAGAUGUCAUCAAAACAGAAAAAGGCAUCACUUACACUUGAAGAGAAGCAAAAGUUAGCUAAAGAACAAGAACAGGCACAGAAACUGAAAAGCCAGCAACCUCUCAAGCCACAAGCAACUGCAAUAACACCUCCAGUGAAGCAGACAAAAGACUUGACAGAUACCUUGAUAGAUAAUAUGUCAUCUUUGACUAGCCAUUCUAUCAACAAAGCUAAAGUUGCAUCUUCAAACAGCUUCUCUUCUGUCCCUUCUAUGGGUGUUGGAAUGGGAUUUUCAUCACCUAUUGACAACACAAAGAGAAAUAUAACAAACGGACUAAAUCCGACUAUGGGUUUCCAGACUGCUGGAUUCAGUAUGGGAGCUGGUCCCACCACUCAGAAUUUCUUCAGUGGUCCAAGUGCAACAGGAACAACCAAGAUGAACAUUGUACCAACUGCCAAUAUGCCAAAUUACAGUCCUAUGAAUGCUGCAUCUGCGAUGUCUCCACUGACGCAACAAAACAGACCCCCAGAUAUGUCUGCUUUAGAUAAUCUUUUUGGUCCUCAAAAACCCAAAGUUAGUAUGAAACAGUUGGCUCAACAGAAAUCAAGCCAGUGGGUUAAUCAGUUUGUACCCCCACAAGGGUCCCCAAGUGCGAGCAGUUCAGUCUUGGGACCUCAGAUGAACAUGAUAGGACAGCCUGGCUUUGGUAUACAGGGUAAUCCUUUCUUUGCUCCUCAGAACUUUGCACAACCGGCGAACACAAUGACAAACAGCAGCUCAGCUAGUAAUGACUUAAAAGAUCUUUUUGGGUAAAAUGUUUUCUUCUUUUAAAGAUGGAUGAAAUUUGGAUCAUGGGUAAGCUGAUUAACAUCUUUUUUUGAUUAGUAAAAGCAUGACUUGGGGAAACUUUCAGCCCAGCAGAGUAAAGACUUUUGCACUGGAAAAAAGACUUGAUUUUGCAUUCACCUGAUACUGCAGUGGAAUUGCGUAAGUGCAAAGUCAUCUUACAUGCUAAAGAUUUCCUGUCUCUUUACCGAACAUCAGAGCACUGAAGGUAGGAUGCGUAUGCUCAAUCAAAAAAGAAGCAGCUAAGUAUUUCAAAAUUAUGCAGAAGUGUACUCAAUCAACUUCUAUGAAAUUUCCUACAAAAUUUUGUUUCUUAAGUUGAACAAAAAUGCUUAGGGGGUAGUAACACUAGUGAAUGCAAUCCUGCAGGCCAGUCCUUUCAGUGUCUGCUAAAUUCUUACUGAUGAUUUGUGUUGCAUGAAUUUGGCACAAACUGUCAUUUUGCCAUAUGACAGUUUGCAAAAAGUAAAUUCUUAAGCUGCCUCAAGAAGUUUUGUUAGCCACGUUACAUAGAAAGAUCUUUAACCAGUAACUGUGUAAGAGGCUAAGAAGAGAAAGUAUUUUGUAUCUCUUUUCUUAUAAGGUGAUUAAGGUGGUAGUAAACUACAAGAAGAUUCAGGAGGCAUAAGAAGUUGUUUUAAAAUUUGGUGCAAGUUUGGGACAGGGUAAGAACACUGCUCCAAUGGUCAUGCUGGCUUACAACCUGUUUUGUAAUGCCAGAUCCUUGUUACCAGCCCCACAGCAAAAGCAACAUACCACUUAAGCAGGAUUUUAAAAUACUUGUGGUGACUUGAUCACAUCUAUUAUAUAUUCCAGUGUUUUGGCUAAUUUGAUACUGCUUCUAACUGGUGUGAAAAAAGACUAUGAGUAGUUAUGGAACCUCCUAAAAAGAAUGUUCUCUGUAAAAUUCAGAUGUGACUGCCCCAACUGUGUAACUAAGCAGUUCAGUGUAACUAAACAUACACUGUUUAGUUACACAGAAAUAUCUUGAAUUACUUCAUAGUUUUUGGCUCCGUUGAGAAGAUGGAAAAGGAUUGCCUCAUGCAAGUUGCACAUGGUUGUGUGAAAAAGCAGACUGCCGUAAAUUGCCUUGACUAGAAUAAACUAUUUAAUUUUAGUUUUGUUUUAACUUACGUCCUUAUGAAGGAUAGAUUAAUAUGAAACAAGAUCUCAAUUACAGAUUUGUAAGCUCUAGAAUAUAUGGUAAAUACACAGGUAUUUCAGAUCCUUUUUAUUGUAUUACUCCAAAUUUAAUAAAGCUCUCCGGAAAACCAAACAGUGGUUUCUACUACUUCCCAGAAGGUGUAUGUUCAGCUUGCCCAUGAUAGAAUCUGCUCUGUCAGAUACUACUGUUGGGUUUUAACUUUUUCUUUCCUAGGAAUUUCAAGAGCUUUCUUACGUACUAUUUUGAAGACUAUAGCUGGCUAUUUUGAGAAGGAAAGAACUAGUUACCUUUUUUAUGGAAAGCCUACAUGCUUUAUUUUUCAAAGCCUUUCACUGAAGAAAUUGUUCUUUCAUUUGCUGCUUAAGAAACCAAAGGGCCUUAUGCUGUAAAUGUGACUUGUAUUUUGUUAUAUUUCCACGGUUCUAAGCGGUAAUAGCAUUAAGCAUAUUUCUUAAAGAAUUGUUUAUGUAUUAUAGCUGCUGCCUUAGUCCUAUUAUUUUAAGAUACCUGGGACCAGUGAAAUUGUGGUUUAGAAAACAAUACCUAACACAUUGUGAUGCUUAUGUGCUGUUAAUAUUCAUGGUAAACAUUGUAGGUUAUGUUAAGAUAUCUGUGUAAACUUAAGACAAUACUAGAACUGUUAAACUGUUUAAGUUCAUUUACAGUUACUAGUACUCUAUACUCUCAAUCACACUAAUGUCUUCUUUUGUGUCAACUUUUGAAAGCUACAUUUUGUUAGGGUAACUUAAGGCAAGCCUUUGAAGAAUUACUUGAAUCUGUAUUCCCCUAAAUUAUUUGGAAAUAUAAAAAAUGACAUCUCUUAGGACUCUACAAUGUAUUAAAUUAAUACAUCCGUGGUAAAGGCCGUCUUAAAUGUCAGUGUCCUGAUCUGGGGUUUCAGUCCCUGAUCCCCCUGGAGUGGGGGCUUUUCAGAACUGGAUAUUAAUUUAACAUAUUGGAGGGAAAACUAAAUGAAAAAAAUUGAUCAGAUUUUAUAUGGUAGACAUUCUAAACUGUGGGGGUUGGGGUAUGUGCUUUUGGCAUGGGCUAUCUGAGAAUAUUAUCUCAUUUGUAAGAACAAAGUCAAAAAAAUCCUGCAAGUUCAAAUUAAGAGAGGCUUUUCUAUGCAGUGGUAAUGUGAUGGAAUAAGAUCUUUAUCUGGCUCAAGUAAUACGAUUUCUUUUUCUACUUAUAUUUGAGAACAUAAUUUUGAUUUCUCGUUUGCUGCAAUUUUCAGAAUGACGAGAGUAGAAGAAUAACGACAAAGAAUACUGAAAAGGGUGCUGAUGAAAGUUACAACAAAAUUUUCUAGUUAUUUAAAAAUAAAAAAGAAGUGACUUCAGUUAAAAUGAGAGGGUCAAAUCCUUCUUCCUUGUAGAUGCUUCCUGCUUAGUGUGUCAGGAAAAUGGCUGUGUGUGAAGUUCCCUAAUUAUUUCUUCUUAACUUAAAGGAAAGAGGAGUUGCAAGAGCUAAGUCACCCUAAGGCCAUGUGCCACUUGGCUCCUGCUACAACAGUUUUUCUUUAGGAAGCCUUGUCCAGCUAUCUCUCCACUUACAAGUCAUCAUUGUGAGGCCCUGCACGAGGCUGGAAGACUCACGUUGUGGCCAGAGUGAAUAGCAUCGUUUGAGAGCAACAGGGGUACUUCACAUCCAAGUUGUUUGCGAAGGAGUGAGAGGAAGGGACAGUGUUACAAAAUGUGGGCAUUCCAGGGACCUUCUGUUUCUGGACUUGGAUGGAGAGCGGCGUUAUAUCUAGCUUGGCCUGAAGCAGAGGGACUGUCUAGCCCUAAUACAAAACAAAAUGGAGAAUGCAGGUUUGAAAUUGAUAUCUGAUUAAGAAAUUGCAAAUUCUGUUACUGAUAAAGUAACCUAAGUUCUUUUUACAAUGCCUUGAACAAUACUAUAAAUUACACAAAAUUUCUGCCCUUUGCAGUCAGCCUAAUUUAAAGGAAAAAAUGUGGAAGCCUGUCAGGUCAUAUCACCGCCUUACAGCCUCCACCCUGUGCACCUUCUGUGCUCGCCCACUGUGAGCAGAUCUUCAUUCCACUGUGGAAAUGAGAGCAGGGUCUGGGCUGAACUGCCCAGCCCACCUGGCUUACUUCACAUUCAUUUGUAAAGGAGAGGUAAAGAUAAGGGAGUAAGUUCCUAUUCUUUAAUUGGUUUAUCUAUAUUAUGUUUGCUACAGAAGGAGAAAAGAAGUGGAAUUAGCUGCAUCUUAAGUAUAAGCAUCAGUUGUGCUUUGGCUGCUCUGGUGUUUGCUAAAUGAACGUGUCUGCACCAAGACAGUGGUGUUUUCCAUGUUAGGACUGUUGGUUCCAUUUGGUUUUAAGUAUGAAAGUCUCUGAAGCAUUCUCUGCAAACUCAGUCUUGGAAAACAGACUAAUCUUGCUAGAUAGAAGGAAUGUAUUAAAGAGGCUUGAAAAACCUUCUCUGCUGGGUCUGAUGGAGAGGAACCUUGAAACUACUGAUUUACAGAUUAGAUUAGGAGCCCCUCGGUCUGCCUCUCUCAAGAGGAGAGAAACAGGGAGUGAAAUGGCACAAGUGUCAUUUCAAGGAGGGAGGAGGGAGCAGAUUUUCUGCUCCUUUUCAUCACACAAGUGGUGUGAAUAAGGCACAGAACAGCCUGUGGAACCUGCUCAUGCAGGAGGACAGCAGUAGCAGAGGAGUCUUUUGAAAGGUAAAGGAGCCCACCAAUUAUUUGGGAGAUGGGGAGAGAAAUUUUACUGGGAACAUGAGUAGAAUGCCCUAGUUUGUUUUAAGGAAGAUACUAUGUCUUCCUCUCUCCAUGGUGAUGUGAAUUAGAAAUGUUGUAGAGAAGCUGUGGCCUUACAGGUCUGCACAGAGGCUGAGUACCCCAAGUAAAAGGCUGAAUUUUUGGAUGUAUAGGUGCACAACAUUUCAAGCCUUAUUAUUUAAAACUUUACUUUUGCGUUAAGUUUUGUCUUUUUAGCAGCACCUGAUUCACAUUUAUGUGGAACUUUAACAAAUACCCCAAUGGCCUUUUAAAGUAAGAAAAAUAUGUGUUAACUUUUGUAUUAUAUCCCCUGUUAUAAUGUUAUCUAUGUCUGUAGAUAGAUAAGUAAGUGUGUGUAUAGAUUACAGGAUUUUAGAUUUUUCAGUUCAAUUGCACCAAAAGAGCAAUGAAUAAAUGAGAAGUUAGAUUUGAGUCAAAUUCCACAAGGCUUCCAUACAGGCUAACAAUUAUAUGAUACUUUUGUUGUCUAUUAUAAAUUUACAUGCUUAGUCUGCCUACAUCUACGUGACUUGAGCAGAAAAGGAAAGUUUUUAAAACAAGUUUAUGAACACUGGAUCUCUCAUUGCAGAUGAAGUUUUUGGACUUUAGAGUGAACUUUGUUUAUUGAUUAGGAGUUUUUUAUUGGGGGUGGGUGGGAUAGCGCUGAUUUGUGCCAUUUCCAGUGAAAGAAAUAUGGGGAGGGGGAGUACAGAAAAAAUACCCUGUUGUAUAUGUGACCCUUUUUUGUUCUUUGUUAAGAGAUAUGCUGCAUUUUAUAUACUCAUUGUGAACUAUUACUCUGAAAUAGCUGUGAGGGAAACCUGUCUGGAGAACUUCAGCUGAGUUAGCUGAUUUUCAAGUGAGGUUCUGCCUUGUACCUUACUUUCCACUAGGUUUUGACUGCUUUACAAGGAGAUUACACAAGGCAGUAAAACCUUGGAUUCAUACACCAAAUCCCCUUGCCUUCCAGGCCUCACAUUUGUAUCAACAGAACAAAUAAGCCCCUGAAAUUGUAUUGUCUUUAAGUUCUCUGAAACAGUUCUAACUGCUGUACAGAUUUCUGAGAUGAAGUUGUAAAUCAAAAUGUGUUAUAGUGAACUCAGGCCUUGUGCAAAAUAUUUAAUACUUGUUUAUUUGUCUAAUCGUACAGUCUCUGUACUAGUGGCGGUUUUAUGUUUUGAUUGUAAAAUAUUAAAAUUCUCAUGAGAUUUAUAAAGUGAUGUUACUGUAGUGUCAGCUGUGAUUCAUAAAUAGAACUGUCAUAGCAUGGCAUUAGUGUAUAUCCGGUUUAUUGGACAGCUCUUCAAAACCAAAUUUAUUCUUCUAUCAGCUUUUAGAUCAGUUACUUAAAAAAUAUGUAAAAGGUACAGUGACAGUUUUGAGAAAUUCAUAUCACUUUGUACUCUGAAUGAGGUUGCCUAUAGAAAUAAAUGAACUUUUCGUAUUUUCAUGUUGGAAGAUAUUUUUAUUUAAAAUUUCCGUAAAAUCAACUUACGUAGAAAACUUUAUCACUCUGUAUAUUUUGUUUGAAAUGCAUUUUAUCCCACGUAAUUUUGAGCUCAUUUCUUAGAGUGGUUGCUGUCCAGACAUUUGUAAAAUGUGAUCACAUAUUGCCUUCAUGCAAAGAAUAAAAGUCCUGGGGAAAAACUGA